AUGGAAACAAAGGUGGUGAGCAGAGCAUUUGCUGGUUCUUUACCUGUUGAUAGUGUCCAAGCGCUUGCAUCCAAGAACCUAAAGAACAUCCCAUCCAGAUAUAUCAGACCUGAGAUCGAAUUUGAAGUAGUUCCCAUAGAUGAAUCCCAUGGUUCAUCUUUAUUGACGUUGAAACAGUUAAUCAAUCAUGGGAUAGCAGAUGAACUGAUUGAGAAAAUGAAGAUUGACACUCAAGAGUUCUUUAAGUUUCCAUUGGAGGAGAAGAUGGCUUAUGCACAGCUACCAAAUGAGAUUGAAGGUUACGGUCAAACCUUGGUAAGGUCGGUAGAUCAGAAGCUAGAUUGGAAUGACAUGCUCUGUCUUUUUCCCCUGCCUGUGCCAUUAAGAAAUAUAAGAUUAUGGCCGACCAAUCCCCCUUCCUUUAGGUAA